GCCCAUCUCAUAAACUGAAAGAAAGAUAAUCAAUUUCCAAUUCAUGAUUUUGGGUCUUUGUGAUUAGUUAACAACAAAUGGGGGGAAAGGGGUUGUUUUGUGGUGAAGGGAUUGGAAUAAGGGGCAUAAUGGUAAUUAUGUUGGGAGUAACUGUGACUCUUAUUAGAUGUGGGGUGCUUGUGGAGGGUAAUUUGUUCUCUAAACAGAAGAUUUUGGAAACUGAAAGACAAUUAAACCAACUUAGAAGGCCUGCAGUUAAAACCAUUCAGAGUGAAGAUGGUGAUAUCAUUGAUUGCAUUGACAUCUACAAGCAGCCAGCUUUUGAUCAUCCUGCUCUCAGAAACCACACCAUCCAGAUGGCACCAACAUAUGACACAACCAAGGAGACAAAGACAAUGAAAAAAAUGGACAGAUGGAAGAAGAGGAAUGAAGAACAAUCUCCCAUUACAGUGAAGCAAACAUGGCACAAAAGUGGAAGCUGUCCUCAGGGAACAAUCCCGGUCCGAAGAAUCCAUAAAAAGGAGCUUCUGAGAGCCAGCUCCGUUAAGGACUAUGGAAGAAAGAAGCACAGUUCUACCUUGUCUCGUCAUGUUUCACAGUUAAGUAACAACAAAACUGUGUACCUUCAACGUGCAAACCACUCGAAGGCAAUAUUGUUUACAGAAGGGUACAGAUAUAAUGGAGCCAAAGGAGACAUCAAAGUUUAUAACCCUGCUGUCGAGCUUGAUGAUGAAUAUAGCACUUCUCAAGUUUCUCUCAUAAAUGGUGCUUAUUAUGACUUUGAGAGUGUUGAAUCCGGAUGGGCGGUAAAUCCCAGCGUAUACGGGGACAGACAGACUCGAUUUUUCGUGUAUUGGACUGUUGAUGGCUCACAGAAAACUGGUUGCUUUGAUCUCACUUGUCCUGGAUUUGUUCAGACUAGCCAUGAAAUUGCUCUUGGUGCAGCAAUCCAUCCAAUCUCUGUUCCUCAUGGGCUUCCAUAUCAAAUAAUCGUCUACAUCUACAAGGAUCCAGUAACAAGCAACUGGUGGGUGCAAUAUGGGGAGAGAAUUAACAUCGGUUACUGGCCGCCGGAGCUGUUUGUUUUAUUGAGCUACCAUGCAACAAGUGUUGAAUGGGGAGGUGAAGUUUAUAGCUCAAGAGUGGGAACUACGCCUCACACAAGAACAGAUAUGGGCAGUGGACACUUUGCUGAGUCAUCAGUUUGGGGGACUUCAGGCGUCAUAAAAAGAAUUCGAGUACAUGAGAAUUCACCUGGGCUGAAAUUCCCUGAUAUAGUUAAUACUUUGAUGGAUGAGUUCAACUGUUAUGAUGUCAAGUAUCUUUCGGAUUAUGUUGAAGAUCCUGAGUUCUAUUAUGGAGGGCCUGGUAGAAAUUAUAUGUGCUAUAUAAUCAAACAAAUGGGGAAAGGGUUGUGUUGUGGUGAAGUGAUUAGAUUAAGGGGGAUGAAGAUGAUGGUAAUUAUGUUGGGAGUGACAGUGACUCUAAUUAGAUGUGGGGUGCUUGUGGAGGGUGAUUUGUUCUCUAAACAGAAGAUUUUGGAAGUUGAAAGAAAAUUAACCCAACUUAGAAGACCUGCAGUUAAAACCAUUCAGAGUGAGGAUGGUGAUAUCAUUGAUUGCAUUGACAUUUACAAGCAGCCAGCUUUUGGUCAUCCUGCUCUUAGAAACCACACCAUCCAGAUGGCACCUACAUAUGAUGCAACAAGGGAGACAAAGACAAUGGGAAAAAUGGACAGAUGGAAGAAGAGGAAUGAAGAACAAUCUCCCACUACAGUGAAGCAAACAUGGCAGAAAAGUGGAAGCUGUCCUCAGGGAACAAUCCCGGUCCGAAGAAUCCGGAAAAAGGAACUUCUGAGAGCCAGCUCGGUUAAGGACCAUGGAAGAAAGAAGCACAGUUCUACCCUGUCUCGUCAUGUUUCAGAGUUUAGUGACAACAAAACUGUGAACCUUCAACGAGCAAACCACUCGAAGGCAAUAUUGUUUACAGAUGGGUAUAGAUAUAAUGGAGCCAAAGGAGACAUCAAAGUUUAUAACCCUGCUGUUGAGCUUGAUGAUGAAUAUAGUACUUCUCAAGUUUGUCUCAUAAAUGGUGCUUAUUAUGACUUUGAGAGUGUUGAAUCUGGAUGGGCGGUAAAUCCCAGCGUAUACGGGGACAGACAGACUCGAUUUUUCGUAUACUGGACUGUUGAUGGUUCAAAGAAAACUGGUUGCUUUGAUCUUACUUGUCCUGGAUUUGUUCAGACUAGCCAUGAAAUAGCUCUUGGUGCAGCAAUCUAUCCAAUCUCUGUUCCUAAUGGGCUUCCAUAUCAAAUAAUCAUCUACAUCUACAAGGAUCCGGUAACAAGCAAUUGGUGGGUGCAAUAUGGGGAGAGAAUUAACGUUGGUUAUUGGCCGUCGGAGCUGUUUGUUGCACUGAGCUACCAUGCAACGAGUGCUGAAUGGGGAGGUGAAGUUUAUAGCUCAAGAGUGGGAACAACUCCUCACACAAAAACAGAUAUGGGCAGUGGACACUUUGCUGAUUCUGUUUGGGGGACUUCAGGCGCCAUAAGAAGAAUCCGAAUACAUGAGAAUUCACCUGGGCUGAAAUUCCCUGAUAUAGUUACUACUUUGAUGGAUGAGUUCAACUGUUAUAAUGUUAGGUAUCUUUCAGAUUAUGUUGAAGAUCCUGAGUUCUAUUAUGGAGGGCCUGGUAGAAAUUAUAUGUGCCCUUAAGCUUAGCUUAGCUUUGCUAGGACUUGUUUAAGACCCAUUAGAAUGGGUAAUUAUGUCGUUUUAAACUUUCAUUUAUUUUUCCAAUAUAAACUAUA